CGUCUGUUAAUUGGAAAUGGCGUCGACAUCCACCGUAAAACCCUUAUCUGCAAUGGAGGAAUCUCCAAAUUGGCUGGAAAUGCCUCAUGAACUGAUGGCAAAUAUACUUCAGAGAUUGGAUGAUGUAGAAAUACUCAACAGUGCACUGAAAGUAUGCACAACAUGGUGGAAAUUUGCAAGGAUCCGGCGAUGUGGAAAGUCAUCGACAUGCACACACCGAUUGAUGCUCGGGAUGUGGAUUACGAUCUUGAGGCGCUGACUAAGAAGGCAGUUCAUCUAAGUUGUGGGGAAUUGAUCGACUUCAGUUUCUCGGGGUUUGGCACUGAUGAUCUCCUUGAUUACAUUCUGCUAAGCUCAAGUAAACUUAACAGUCUUUGCCUUACGGACUGCUACAAUAUCACAAGCAGCGGGUUGAGUCAUGGGCUCGAAAGAGUGCCACAAUUGGAGAAACUUCACAUUUCUUACACGUCUUGGAGGGUAAACUACAGCGAAGUUAUUGUACCAAAUUGCCCCCAACUCAAGUCCUUCAAGUUGGACAAAGAAUGCAUAGAGAUAGGCCUUACAAAUGACGAUGAUGCCCUUGCCAUUGCAGAAAACAUGCCUGAGUUACGCCAUCUGCAGGUGUUUGGUAAUAAGAUGACAAACACUGGACUCCAAGCCAUUCUUGAUGGAUGCCCUCACCUUGAAUCCCUAGAUGUUCGUACGUGUUACAACAUUAAUAUUUUCGGGGAUGAAGUAAAACUCUGCAAGGAAAGGAUCAAAAAUUUCAAGUGUCCUGGUGACUCGAUUGAAAACUGCACGUUUCUUCCUCGGUUUCAUGUCUAUGUGGACCCCAAUAAUCAGUGGGGAGAUUACGAGCAUUAUGAUGAUGGUUUCUAUUAUGAUGAUUAUGAUGAUCCUUCCGACUAUAUAUGAUUUCUACCCUUGGUGUAGAACUUUGGCUUUAGAUAUUAUAUAUGUAUCUGCUUAGAAGUGUUUUGUUUUUGGUUCAUGUAAUGCUA